AUGGAUACUCUCAAGAAUGCCGGUAGAAACAUUUCGGAGAACAUCCAAGGCGCAACUUCUGGAGUUUCGUACGAAGCUAACAAGAAUGUCGCCAAAUCCUCUGACGCUUCAAUUUCUACACGGGCAACGGCUGCUAAAGACGCAGUGGGCGACAAGGUCGAUGAGAAGAAACAUGAUCACAAGGCCGAGCUUGCAAAGCAAAAGGCUGACCUAACAUCGUCCGACGACUUGGGUCUUCACUCCGAAGACGGGAAAUCAACACAUGCAUCACAACAAAUUGAAGGCCCCCCACCGAUCCCCCGCUACAGCAGACGACUAGCGCGUAUCAGCGAAAAUCACGCCAGCCGUAUGAAGCAGGUGCUUUCAAAACCAACCAGCACCGGUGUAUCAAGCUACGGAUAUGGCAUUGACUGCGAUGACCUCCCUCGCGACAAGACACCUCUCUUCCGUCAACAAUCUGUGUCUGAUGGCUCCCGACCACGUGGAUCCCCCCCUAUUCUGAAGGACGAGGGUUUGACAGAAGGAGAGAUAGCGGAUUCGAGUGUGGAAGAAAAGCAGCCCGUUGCUCCGGAUCAAUUCGAUCCUAGAUACGAGACCUCAAGAGUCGAGAUCUCCUCAUAUUAUGCGUACUACAUUGGGGACAAUGGGCUCAGCCUUUUUAAUUUUGCCCCGACAGCCUUUCAGAACCUUGUAUCUGAAGCGGCCGGCGACGCUGGUGUGCUGAGGUUCGCGGGCUCAGAAAGAAAUAUCAACAGUAUCGUUCUCCUGUGCAAUGUGGACGGCGGCAUUCCCAGGCCUAGCUCGCAAUACACCAGAGCUGCGUGA